AUUUCUUUUUUUGGAUCAAAAUCUUUUGGAAAAAGAAGUCCUGACAGCUCCAUGUUGAGCAAAGCUGAAUUUGUCGAGAAAGUUCGCCAGAGCAACCAGGCUUGCCAUGAUGGCGACUUUCACACAGCGAUCACGUUGUACAACGAGGCUUUGGGAGUCGACCCUCAGAACUGCAUUCUCUACAGUAACCGUUCAGCAGCCUACAUGAAAAUCCAUCAGUAUGACAAGGCACUGGAUGAUGCAAUCAAAGCACGACUUCUAAAUCCCAAAUGGCCAAAGGCAUACUUCCGACAGGGUGUGGCCCUUCAGUAUCUUGGACGUCAUGCAGAUGCACUGGCAGCAUUUGCAUCGGGGCUGGCUCAAGAUCCCAAGAGUCUUCAGCUUCUGGUUGGCAUGGUCGAGGCCGCCAUGAAAUCUCCCAUGCGAGAGUCCCUGGAGCCAACCUAUCAACAAUUGCAGAAGAUGAAGCUGGACAAGAGCCCCUUUGUUGUGGUGUCUGUCAUAGGCCAGGAACUUCUGACUGCAGGUCAUCACGGUGCCUCUGUGGUUGUGCUAGAAGCUGCCCUGAAGAUUGGCACUUGCAGCCUGAAGCUGAGGGGAUCGGUAUUCUCUGCCCUGAGCAGCGCUUACUGGUCCCUGGGGAAUACGGAGAAAAGUACCGGAUACAUGCAGCAGGACUUAGACGUAGCCAAGACUUUAGCUCAUGGAAAUCUGGGCUCCGCAUUCUUCUCCAAAGGAAAUUACCGGGAGGCCCUUACUAACCACAGACAUCAGUUGGUGCUCGCCAUGAAACUCAAGGACAGAGAGGCAGCGUCCUCAGCAUUGAGCAGUUUGGGCCAUGUGUACACAGCCAUUGGGGACUACCCAAACGCACUGGCUAGCCACAAGCAGUGCGUCCUCCUUGCAAAGCAGUCCAAAGAUGAACUCUCUGAGGCACGGGAGCUGGGCAACAUGGGGGCAGUGUACAUUGCAAUGGGGGAUUUUGAAAAUGCCGUGCAAUGCCAUGAACAGCAUCUUAAGAUCGCCAAGGAGCUGGGGAACAAGCGGGAGGAAGCCCGAGCCUACAGCAACCUAGGCAGUGCUUACCACUACCGGAGGAACUUCGACAAAGCCAUGUCCUACCACAACUAUGUGCUGGAGUUGGCCCAGGAGCUGGCUGAGAAGGCCAUUGAGAUGCGAGCUUAUGCUGGCUUGGGCCAUGCAGCUAGAUGUAUGCAGGACCUGGAGAGGGCUAAGCAGUACCAUGAAGAACAGUUGCACAUUGCUGAGAAUCUGCAGGACCGAGCUGCUGAAGGCAGAGCCUCCUCCAAUCUAGGAAUCAUCCAUCAGAUGAAAGGCGACUAUGAUACUGCACUGAGGCUGCAUAAGACGCACCUGUCCAUAGCUCAGGAGCUAAGCGAUUACGCUGCCCAGGGCAGGGCCUAUGGCAACAUGGGCAAUGCUUAUAAUGCUCUGGGCAUGUAUGACCAGGCUGUCAAGUACCAUCGGCAGGAGCUGCAGAUUUCUAUGGAAGUGAAUGACCGUGCCUCUCAGGCAUCCACACAUGGGAACUUAGCAGUUGCCUAUCAAGCGUUGGGUGCUCACGACCGUGCUCUGCAGCACUACCAAAAUCACCUCAACAUUGCCCGGGAACUGCGAGACAUCCAGAGUGAAGCACGGGCCCUCAGCAAUUUGGGUAACUUCCACUGCUCACGAGGAGAGUAUGUGCAGGCAGCCCCUUACUAUGAGCAGUACCUGCGCUUGUCCCCAGAGCUGCAGGACAUGGAAGGGGAGGGGAAAGUUUGUCAUAACCUUGGCUAUGCCCAUUACUGUCUUGGGAACUAUGAAGAAGCUGUAAAGUAUUAUGAGCAGGAUCUUGCCUUAGCAAAGGAUCUUCAUGACAAGCUGAGCCAAGCCAAAGCAUACUGCAACCUCGGCUUGGCCUUCAAAGCCUUGAUGGACUUCAGCAAAGCAGAGGAGUGUCAAAAGUACUUGUUGUCCCUGGCCCAGUCUCUGAACAAUUCCCAGGCCAAAUUCCGAGCUCUGGGGAACUUGGGGGAUAUUUUUGUCUGUAAGAAAGAUGUAAAUGGUGCAAUAAAAUUUUAUGAGCAGCAGUUGAGCUUAGCCCAUCAUGUUAAAGACAGGAGACUGGAAGCCAGUGCCUAUGCAGCCUUGGGCUCUGCAUACAGGAUGAUUCAGAAGUGUGACAAGGCUUUAGGCUACCACACGCAAGAGCUGGAGGUGUACCAGGAGCUGGGAGAAAUGCCAGGUGAAUGCAGAGCACACGGCCACCUUGCUGCAGUGUAUAUGUCGCUUGGGAAGUACACCAUGGCAUUCAAGUGUUAUGAAGAACAGUUGGAGCUUGGGCAGAAGUUGAAGGACCCCAGCAUAGAAGCCCAAGUCUAUGGUAACAUGGGCAUUACCAAGAUGAACAUGAACGUCAUGGAGGAAGCUAUUGGCUACUUUGAACAGCAGCUGGCCAUGCUGCAGCAGCUCAGUGGGAAUGAAUCUGUGUUAGAUCGAGGCCGAGCGUAUGGGAACCUGGGAGAUUGUUAUGAAGCUCUGGGAGAUUUUGAGGAAGCUAUAAAGUAUUAUGAACAGUACCUGUCUGUGGCUCAAAGUUUGAACCGUAUGCAAGAUCAGGCCAAGGCCUACCGGGGCCUGGGCAAUGGACACAGGGCUAUGGGGAGUCUGCAGCAGGCUCUGGUGUGCUUUGAGAAGCGGCUUGUGGUGGCACAUGAAUUGGGGGAGGCAUUUAACAAAGCCCAGGCUUAUGGGGAGCUGGGAAGCCUGCACAGCCAGCUGGGGAACUAUGAGCAAGCUAUUUCCUGCCUGGAGCGCCAGCUAAACAUUGCUCGGGAGAUGAAGGACCGAGCUCUGGAGAGCGAUGCUGCCUGUGGCCUCGGUGGAGUCUACCAGCAAAUGGGAGAGUAUGACACAGCCCUGCAGUAUCACCAGCUAGACCUGCAGAUUGCGGAAGAGACCAACAACCCUACCUGUCAAGGCCGGGCCUACGGGAACCUCGGCCUGACCUAUGAGUCCUUGGGCACAUAUGAGAGAGCAGUUGUUUAUCAGGAACAGCAUCUCAGCAUUGCAGCCCAAAUGAACGACCUAGUAGCCAAAACUGUGUCUUACAGCAGUCUAGGGAGGACUCAUCAUGCCUUGCAGAACUACUCUCAGGCUGUGAUGUACCUGCAAGAAGGACUGAGGCUGGCAGAGCAGUUGGGUCGCAGAGAAGAUGAAGCCAAAAUCCGCCAUGGCCUGGGGCUCUCCCUCUGGGCGAGUGGGAACCUGGAGGAGUCUCAACACCAGCUUUACCGGGCCUCGGCGCUGUUUGAAACCAUCCGACACGAGGUGCAGCUGAGUACAGAUUACAAGCUAUCACUCUUCGACCUGCAGACGUCCUCCUAUCAGGCCCUGCAGCGAGUGCUUGUCAGCCUCGGUCACCAUGACGAAGCCUUGGCUGUGGCAGAGAGAGGACGAACAAGGGCUUUUGCUGAUCUGCUUGUGGAACGCCAGACUGGGCAGCAGGACUCUGAUCCCUAUUCUCCAGUCACCAUUGACCAGGUCCUGGAGACAGUGAAUGGACAGAGGGGACUUGUUCUCUACUACUCACUGGCUGCAGGUUAUCUGUACAGCUGGCUGCUGGCUCCUGGGGCAGGAAUCCUGAAGUUUCACGAGUAUUAUCUGGGUGACAGCCUUACAGAGAAUCCUGGGGACUUCCAUGAAGCCAGCAGCGCGGCCCUGCAAACAGUAACAAACUCAGCACUGGAAUUGUACAUCUCCAGUGUGCGAGAGGCCCUAGGUGUGGAUUCCUACUAUACCCGAGUCUGUGCCAGCAGCGAGACUGAGAGUGAAGCUGGGGAUAUCAUGGACCAACAGUUUGAGGAGAUGAAUAACAAGCUGAACUCAAUGACUGAUCCAACUGGCUUCCUCAGGAACAACCUCUUGAACAGGAGCUGUCAGAGCAUGACCAGUCUGUUCAGCAGUACCAUGUCUCCUGUUAAGGAUGGGACAACUUCCCUGCCAAGGAGGCAGACUUCCUUCACCAAACCCCCGCUCCGUGCGCUCUAUGACUUAUUGAUAGGACCCAUGGAAGGAGGUUUGAUGCAUUCCAGUGGUCCUGUUGGCCGCCACCGCCAGCUGAUCCUGGUUCUGGAGGGAGAACUGUACCUCAUUCCUUUCGCUCUCCUGAAGGGAAGUUCCUCCAAUGAGUACCUCUAUGAGCGCUUCAGCCUCAUUGCAGUGCCAUCCAUCCAGUCGCUGAACCCCAGCUCCAAGACCCAUGUGAGGAAGAAUACUCCUACUUACUCCAGUUCUACCUCAAUGGCAGCUGUCAUAGGAAAUCCCAAGCUCCCUUCAGCAGUUAUGGACAGGUGGCUGUGGGGACCUAUGCCUUCUGCAGAAGAGGAGGCAUAUAUGGUGUCUGAGUUACUUGGCUGUCAACCCUUAGUUGGCAAUGCAGCGACAAAAGAGAGGGUCAUGAGUGCCCUCUCUCAGGCAGAAUGUGUCCAUUUUGCAACCCACGUCUCCUGGAAGCUGGCUGCUUUGGUCCUAACACCCAACACUGAGAGCAAUCCAGCCAGCAGCAAGAGCUCUUUUGGGAACCCCUACACAAUCCCAGAAUCCCUUCGGAUGCAGGAUGAUGCCAGUGAUGCAGAGAGCAUCUCAGACUGCCCUCCCCUUCAGGAGUUUCUGCUCACAGCAGCUGAUGUCCUGGAUCUGCGGCUUCCUGUUAAAUUAGUGGUUCUUGGCUCUUACCAAGAAUCCAACAGCAAAGUCACUGCUGAUGGGGUCAUUGGCUUAACAAGAGCGUUCCUGGCUGCUGGGGCUCAGUGUGUCCUAGUGUCACUCUGGCCCGUUCCUGUGGCUGCUUCCAAAAUGUUUGUGCAUGCCUUCUAUUCCUCCCUCUUAAAUGGGAUGAAAGCCAGUGCAGCCCUUGGAGAAGCAAUGAAAACUGUACAGAGCAGCAAGCAGUUCUCGCAUCCAUCCAACUGGGCAGGCUUCACGCUCAUCGGGAGUGAUGUGAAGCUGAAUAGCCCUUCUUCGCUAGUAGGACAGGCCCUGACUGAGAUUCUGCAGCACCCUGAAAGGGCACGAGAUGCCCUGCGUGUCCUGCUACAUCUGGUGGAGAAAUCGUUGCAGCGGAUCCAGAACGGGCAGCACAACUCCAUGUAUACCUCCCAGCAAAGCGUAGAGAAUAAAGUUGGUGGCAUUCCAGGCUGGCAGGCACUGCUCACUGCCGUAGGGUUUCGGCUGGACCCUCCUGCCAGUGGACUGCCUGCAGCAGUGUUCUUCCCAACCUCUGACCCUGGUGAGCGGCUACAGCAGUGCAGCACCACCAUACAGUCCCUCCUAGGUUUGCCUAACCCUGCACUUCAGGCACUUUGUAAACUUAUCACAGCUUCAGAAACAGGAGAGCAGCUUAUCAGCCGGGCUGUUAAAAAUAUGGUGGGAAUGCUACAUCAAGUCUUGGUUCAACUUCAGGCAGGAGAGAAGGAGCAGGAUUUCUCCUCUGCACCAAUCCAGGUUUCCAUCAGCGUCCAGCUCUGGAGGCUUCCUGGCUGUCAUGAGUUUCUGGCAGCUCUAGGUUUUGACCUUUGUGAAGUUGGGCAAGAGGAGGUGAUUCUGAAAACUGGGAAACAAGCUAAUAGGAGGACGAUGCACUUUGCUCUACAGUCCUUGCUGGCACUUUUUGAUUCUACAGAGCUUCCUAAGCGCCUUAGCCUGGACAGUUCCUCAUCACUAGAAUCACUGGCUUCUGCUCAGUCUAUUUCCAACCCUGUAUUACCCCAGUAUCAAAACCCUCCGUUCUCUCCUACUUGUCCAGACAGCAUUGCAUCAGAUGCCAUUUCUGUGUAUAGCCUGAGCUCCAUUGCUUCUUCCAUGAGUUUUGUUUCCAAGCCGGAGAGCAUGCCAGAUGGUGUGGGGCAGAGAGGACGCCAGGACUACGAGAGACCCAAGAACGUCUAUCCGCAUAGGCCUUCUGCAGCACAGAGCCAGCUGUCACUGCAAACCAGCACUGCAGUGAGCAAAGAUGAGGAGGAGUAUGAAGGCUUUUCUAUAAUUAGCAAUGAGCCUUUGGCCAAUUACCAAGAAAACCUGAAAAUGAGAUUUUCCCCUGAUCACAAACAGCCUCAAACUAGUCAGACUGGAGGUAUUAAAGAGUCUGUCAAUUCAAAGGGGAGCAUAAGUACCCCAAAUUCUCCCGUUAAAAUGACUCUUAUUCCCAGUCCAAACUCACCUUUCCAAAAAGUCGGGAAACUCGCAAGUUCUGAUACUGGGGAAUCUGACCAAUCUAGCACUGAGACUGACAGCACUGUCAAGUCCCAGGAGGACAGCAAUCCAAAGCUUGAUCCGCAAGAGUUGGCCCAAAAAAUUCUGGAGGAAACUCAGAGUCACCUCAUUGCUGUUGAGCGUCUUCAGAGAAGCAGCAGUCAAAUAAGCAAAAGCAACAGUUCAGACGAUGGGGCUCCCACACCAGCAGGUGCAUCUGCGUUCAGAUCCUCAGAGACCAGUGCAUUCAGUAGGCCAGUUAGCUCUAGUCAGAAGAACCAGUCUUCACCUGUUGCAAUUAAACCAAAGCCUCCAACAAGGAGUUCAUCCCUGCAGAAAGUGAGUUCUGGCUAUAAUAGCCCCACAACGUCUGAGAUGUCAAACAAAGAAGGCACAGGCCAAUACAGCGGGCAGCCAUCUCCAAGUUCUGAUUCACAUGGAUCCUUAACUGAACAGCCUCACUUUAAACUCAAGUACCCUAGCUCUCCUUACAGUGCUCAUAUUUCUAAAUCACCCAGAAAUAUCUCUCCAAGCUCAGGGCACCAGUCACCUGGUGGCAGCACUCCAUCUCCUGCUCUGUCUUAUUCCUCAGCUGGUUCUGCUCGCUCAAGUCCCGCUGAUGCCCCAGAUAUAGACAAAUUAAAAAUGGCUGCCAUUGAUGAAAAAGUGCAAGCAAUUCACAACUUAAAGAUGUUCUGGCAGAGCACUCCCCAGCACUCCACUGGCCCAAUAAAGAUUUUCCGAGGAGCUCCUGGAACAAUGACUUCUAAAAAGGAUGUCCUCAGCUUGCUAAACUUAUCUCCACGACACAGCAAAGAAGAAAGUGCAGAUAAGCUGGAACUAAAGGACCUGUCUAUUCAGCAACACCUUGCUUCUCCACAAAAGAACCCUCCAAAUGGACACAGGCGCCCUGAUACUACAAAUGCAGUGACAUCAACUCAUUCUCCACCUUCCAGUAGUACUCCAGGAACUGCACGCCCUUUGAGGCUGCCAUCUGGGAACGGUUAUAAAUUCUUGUCACCGGGAAGAUUUUUUCCGUCCUCCAAAUGUUGAAACAUCCUGUAUACCAACUGAUAACUUACAAUCUUGUUAAAAGUAUUUGCUUCUGCCCACUUGCCUUUAUCAAUACGAAACCAUAGAAUAUUACCUAAAAAGCCAUGGUCACACCCACAGUUGGCAAUACACAGGCGUGCAACAGAUUGGCCCUGUCCUCACUGCAUAGAAACAUGGGCCUUACACAGAUGGGUUUUGGUUCCCCUUACCUGGAUCCUGGCCAGACUCACUUGAUAACAGUUCUUAUGUAGUGUUCAGUACUCGCAGCAACAGGUCCGAUGACUCCAGUUGUCUGUUCAUAAAAUAUUAGCUCUUAAGCCACUUACUCAUAUUUCUUAUCCUAACGGGAAGUUUUGCAGCUGGCUUUUUAUACAGCAAUUAUACAUAUCAGGGAUUGGAGAGGGAGGCGAGAGAAGGCAAACCUUUCCCACAUUUAUACCACAAAGAAAGUGUGCACAAGUUUCUACCUAGAGAAGUACAAGCCAUUUCUUUGAUUGCUUUCAAAGGCUGACAAAGAGGAUAAGAUAACAGAGCUCCAGAUACCUCUGCUAAGUUAGCCAAACGCAGGAAAUUGCUGGUGCAGCAAAUCCAUAGCAGCAUGAUACUGGCAGCUCUCUUGCAUUGUUCAGAGGCAAGUAAUGCAAAGAUGAGGAGAGAGGUGUCCCAUUCUAAAACCUCCUUUUCUCUGGAAGGAAACCUUUCAGGUGAAUUUUUGCUGAUUGGUCUGCUCCCAGAAGAAUGUUUUGGGCAUAAUGAACAAUCUGAGCCUCUCGCGUGAGGUAGUGGGAGUGUGUCAGAGAAACAAGUUCUGGUUUUAUUGAAUGAUCUGAUCUUUCUGGCACACAGCUUUAUGAUGGUGGAGUUUUCAUCUUGGCAAGUAUUUGGUCAGCGCAGAUGUCUUCUGUCUACUAAGUGUGCACAGAAAAGGGAGACAAACAUUGAAGCUCAGAGCAUUAUUUUACAGUUCCACAGUAGGCAGGAAUCUGACAUCAGUGUAUGUGAUCUAGAAAUCACGUGUCCAAAUAAAUCCGUCACUAAUUCUGCUGAAUCUUUCCAAAUAGCUCAACCUGGGCAAGGUCUUCAAAUCUUUCCCCUCCCGUGGAAACUCAUUUCUUUUGGAGAUGAGUAUCCCAGUAUAAGCACAUGAGAUAAGAUAGGUUUAUGUCCACGUGCAGUCGGAGCAUGGACCAUGCAGACUGGCUACUUUCAGAAUCUAUGCACUCUCUGAUCCACGGAGAAGAAAGAAAGCAGAGCAACCCGGGAGUGACGGGGAAAAGUCAGUAAGCUUUUCUGUCUUAGAUGGUACUUAGCUGUUAUGGAUCACAUUCGAGGUUGGGUGUUUUCUUUUUCUUAAGUGGCCAUUAAAUGCAGUGAUUUAAUAAUAAUCGAAAGUGAUAAUUUACAUGCGUCGAAAUGUGUGGACACGUGGUAGCAUUAACUCAGCCACAUUGCACCCUUAGAUCAAAGCAAAGUAUUUCACAGGCCGUGAGCUAUGAAGUCGGAGCACUGGAUCACCGAGGCUUUUGGUUUCUCUUCUGCACUCCCUAAAUUUCCUGAGCAACUGGGGGCUAAUCACUUCACCUCUCUGUGCCUCGUCUUCCCCAUCUAAGUGGGGAUAGUAAUACUUACCUACCUACCUACCUCACAGAGGUGUUGUGAAGCUUAAUUAAUUAAUUAGGCCCUGAGUCUUAGUCAGAUCUUAAGUCAACUUCCAGUCUUGCCCUUGAGUUCCUGAAUGGUGAGUGCAGUCUGCUCUCUAAUCUUACAAGAGGCAUGUGGUUGAUGCAGAUAAUUGUUCUACCCAUCAUGUCUGGAUGCUGCUCUUGAAAAUAUGGGCCUGAUCAUUUGUGAUUUUCUUUGGGAUCUUGGAGGAAAGGCCUUGAUAGCAGGACAGAAGAUUGAACUCUGACACCUUAAUAUAACAUUACUUAUGUUCAGCUUACUGAUGGUGUGCAUAUCAAAUACUUGCUUUGAUUAUAUUCAAGAAUCCAGUGGUUCUGGAGGAAUGCUUUCCUUUUCACCAUUGCAAGGAAUUAAUAUAAGCACUAAAAGCAAAGAAUAUAGGGCUGUGUUGUUUUAGUCAGCUAACAAGAAAUGGACGAUCACAAGAGUUUCAGUGCAGAAAGACAACAAGACUUUAGUUAUUUUUUUUAUUCAUAUUAUGCAAUGUAGCAAAACAGUCAAGAAAAUCUGUUAAACUCACAUGAUGCAAGUUACUUUUCUGUAUGUUGCAUCUUCCUGUGAUGGACCGGUGCUAGGUGUCAUCUUCAUUAAGCAGCAAGAGUUAGAAUAGCGGGCUGGAAUGAGUCAAUACAACAUGCACACUUCAUGUGGAUGGUGAUGUUGCUGAUUGUGCAACUUGCUGUGGUCACAAGACUGCUGAGAGACUUCACGUGACCUGCUGCUCUGUUUGUAAAACCAACACAGCCGUUGUAGAACGACAUCCCAGGGACAUCCAGGAUGGAAGUGGGCAGCUUUUUGCUUAUAGCAACAGCAAAUACUCCCUGCAGUGCUGCAUAUCACGUCAGAAACAAGCCUCUCUACUUGCAGUUUACUUCCAUAACUAAAGGAUCUUUAAUCUGUAGAAAUUAUAUAUUGCCAUUUUGGUACAGCCCAUUUUCACGCUGCCAGUGGUUUUCAUAUUGGCUUUGGAUAACUAAACUUUUCAGAAAGAGCUAAAUCUUUUCUUGGUAUUGUUUAACAGUUGGGGAGGGAAGCAUUAGAAGCAGGGAAGGGCUCAGAUGUAGAGGAAGUUCAGUAUCUGGGAAAUUGGUAUUGUAUAAAUAUGGAAGGUAAGUGUCAGUAGAACAAAUCUUUUGGGAAAUUUAUUUCCGUUGACACAGGGCACUUCCGUUGGCUUACUGAGAGCUGUGAACAUGCAUGCUUGUCAUGAUUGGGAUACACUUCACACACCUUGUGCCUCACUCCUCCACCCCUUGAAUGAGAAACAACCCUUUUGUGAGGGGGGAAAAAAAAAAGUUUUAUCAGGUUUGCCCAGUACGUGGAGAAUUUCAGGAAAUGAAAAAAACAUGUUCUCCUUUUGAUAUUAGAAUUCCUUCUGUGGAGUUUAAAUGCAUUUGUCGUUGUUGUAUUUGUGCAUGGUACAAGUGACAACACUGCUUAAUACAGUGAGCAAUAAGAAUUAGGUAUUUUCCACUUUCACAUUAAACCACCUACAUGCAAAAAUUCCCCAAGGCAAUAGAAUGUAUUUCAGUUUGGUUUUACCCAGUAUGUUUUACUGUGUGAGAUACUAAUUACAUAUAUUUUAUUGACUGUCUUUAGCUUAAACUAAAUGGGAACAGUAAACAAUCUCACUGACCAAAAUCCUGUUUCAUUUCAUUUUGUUGGUUAGCCUGAACUCUGGCCUGGUAUUGAUUUUCCUUCUUUUUAAUCAUACCUUAUUUAAACAAGGAAAAAGCAUUGAAGGGGUGCUACACCCAUAUAUGUUGUUCUUGGCCGUGUUUCCUUUCAUUAGGUCAAACUUGUUCUGUGAACAUCAUCUUUUUCAAAUUAGGUUGCUCCAGGUGUACAGAAAAUCUGUGAAUCUGUUAAGAAGCACUGGUAGUUUCAGGCUAGGUAACAAUGGAUUUGAGCAGUUUUGGGAUCAUUGCAUCUAUUGUGCCACGCUGUCCAGAAAGGCUGUACGUGGGUGUGGUAAAUGUGGCCCCUCCGUCACAGAUGCCUUCAAAAGGACUUUGAAGAUGGUUACUCAAAGAGGACUGUCAGCAGAGACUCUUCCAAGCAGCAGCCCCUUAGCACUUGCUCUCCUUGUAUGCAGUGUUAGCCAUGUUUGGCCUAUAUGGACUUCUUUUGUAAAUUAAAACUCUGUUUCCAGACAGCAUUAAACUUUUUAUAUUAUGAAAUUUACCAUGUAAAAAGAUUUUCAUAUUUUUAUUGAAAUUGCUGAGGCAUUUGGCCUUCUUUCUUUGUGAUUUCAGUGUCUAUUAAAAGCAUGAGUUCUCUCA